AUGGGGACACAAAACUCGCAAGCAGAGGAGAAAAAUACCUCAGGAUCGAUACAGGAUGACAAGAAUAGUAUUGCUGCGACGAAGCCAGUGGAAGAAGACGACGAGCCGGAUGAGUGGGACAAACGCAUCUUCAGCACGGGCUGCUCGGUCGAGAAUGCCAAGAUGACGGACUGCUACUACGAGAAGAAGGACUGGAGAGCUUGCGCCAAGGAGCUCAGCGUCGCGGCCAUGUUCCCUCUCCGAAGAGCCGUCCAGGCCGCUCCUCGCCAGGCGGCACGUCGAGCUUGUGCUGCAUCCAACGCGGCCUGGCAGCAGACGCCCGCCCAGCGCGCGCGCUCCUACGCGACAAGCAAGGACACGAACGACGAAGCCUCCUCUGUGACGACCAAGGCAACGGCCGAGACGAAAGACGCCGACAGCACCAAGCACAGCACACGCGCCCCGCGCCCCCCCGCAUUCACCUCCAAAGCCAGCGCAAAGUCCACCCCACGGCCGACGGCCGCCGCGCAGCACAACGCAGCGUUCCACUACCCAAGCCAGGCAGAAGGCAGCUCUGCUGUGCAGGAGAUUGACUGGACGACGAGCUACUACGGCCUCGGCGUCGCGCCGGUGACAAAGGAACAGGCGGCCACGCUGGCACGGCCGCUCGCGACCACAGACAUUGAGGUGAAGCCGGAUGGGAUCAUCUACCUGCCCGAGAUCAAGUACAGGCGGCGGUUGAACGAGGUUUUUGGACCCAUGGGCUGGGGUCUGGCGCCGCGUGGCGAGGCCAUUGUCGGGUCCAACAUUGUCACGAGGGAGUACGCGCUCGUUGCGCAGGGACGAUUCGUCGCACAGGCGCAGGGCGAGAACGCCUACUUCAGCCCCGACCAGCUCCCCUCCUCGGUGGAGGGCACAAAGUCCAACGCCCUGAUGCGCUGCUGCAAGGACCUCGGGAUCGGCUCGGAGCUGUGGGACCCCGAGUUCAUCCGCAAGUUCAAGAAGAGCGAGAUGCAGGAGGUCUGGGUCGAGCACGCGACGACCAAGAAGAAGCGGACACUGUGGUACAAAAAGGGGGCCGUGGAGGUCGUGUACCCCUGGAAGAAGGUCAAAUGA